CAUGCGUUUGAUGUUAGACUCCGUUGUCCAUAUUAUUUGAUCGAUAAAGUUCACCAUACAAGCAACAAACAUUUCAUCGGAUUUCAUCGUUGUCUUAACUGCUGUUGCUAUGAACAAAUUGGUGUUGUUUGUUCCGUGGUUUCUUCUGUUUGGUUUUUAAUUGACAAAUCUGGUCUGGUUUGUGUUCAGAAAGUAAAACAAAAAAGAAUUAUGGACGACGAGGAAACUGACGAGAAAAUACCCGAAAAUUCUACAAAAUUUGCGAAUAGUGUGUGCCAUCAGACUGGUUUCAUUUACACCAGCUUCCCAGAGUGUCAAUCCCCAAAUUUCGAAGGAAUAACCGAUUUUCCGGAGAGCUAUCAGCGACUAACAUCCAAAGAACGCUUAUUGCUGCUCUAUGCGGAGAAUUUUCGUCGACAGUACUGGGAAAAGUAUCCCCAACGAAAGCCUCCCAUUUUGGCGAUUCCAAAUGAAUGUGGCGUGCAGAAAUUUGUCUCGACCACUAUCCGAUCGACACCGUUGAUUUUUGCCAACAUGAUUGGUAAUUGGAAAGAAAAUGCGAGUUUUGUUGCUGAUUUUAUCGAAUAUGAAGCACUAGAACCACCAACUGCUAUGCCGAAUCGCCUAAUCUCACCGGAUGUAUUAUUGAAACGACGCAAGGGAAACAGCUUUGAAAUAGCCACCUUAUUAUGCAGUUUACUUAUUGGUACGGGAUUUUCGGCUUUUGUUGUGUCUGGAUAUGCAUCCCGGGAGGUCACACUGAACGAUCAGCGACGUGUAGUAUGCCCGAAUAUACCAAAUGAUGUCGAGCAGAUAGACGACAUAAGCGAUAAUUCUCUGCCAAUGAUUCCGGACGUAAAAAGUAAUUUUUUAAUUGAAAAGGAGCGAAUGGAACGCGAGAAGGAAAUGAGGAAACAGAAACGAAUUGAUGACGAACUAACUGCCAGACGAAAAUCACUGGAAAAAUUAUCACCGGAUAUCAUUUUCGGUAAACGUGUUCACGCAUGGGUGGCCGUCAAAGAAAAGAAAAAGCCAUCACAGCCGGAGCCUCGUAAAAUUGAGGAUUCAGAAUCGAAAAUAGACGAGAACUCGCUUGAACAUCCGAAAGAGGACAUCGCACCGGAUACAACGUCCGUGUUUUUCAUAGAACCCUCAACCGGUUUCCGAUUUGAGGCUAACGAGCCCACGUAUAUUGCCAUUGAAAGUGUUUGGAAUCACAAAAAUUAUUACAUUAAUCGUCAAGAGCCAAUAACCGACAUAUUGAACAUGAGUUGGGAUGUUAGCGAUUCAAACUGCUGGGAACAUUUUCUGCACGAUGAUGAUGUGGGUGACGAUGAAACAGAAGGUAAUGACGACGGGUCAGACGGCAAAUAUUUGGACAUGCCAUUUUCUUGGGUCAAACAGUUACACAUAAGUAAUUCGGAAUUCGAGGAACGAUAUCCUGGUGGUGAGAAAUGCAUCGACUACAUGAGAACGAGGUAUGAACGAUUCGCACCGUUCAAAAAUAAAAAUGGUUUGAUGACAAGGCUGACUACAUUCGAGACACUCAACUAUGAGAAGCCGUUACUUCGAUGGGAAUGGUACGAAAAUCGAUCGGAUCUGUUGUACUCAUCAAAAUAA